AUGACAUUUAGUAUUGGCAGACUUGUUCAUUUUGCUGCUGAUGCAGUACUUGUUUCCGCAGUGUUAGCAGGUAUCAAAAGGUCUACUGGAUUAACACUUGCCACACACCGAAUUGAGAACGCAGAAGUUCGAAGUGUUGUAAACAAAUUUCUUGGUGUUGGCGAAUGGGUUGUGGAUCAAAGCAUUUUAUAUAUGAGCUCUUCACCUUACUUUGAAAGAAAGCGAUGA